CCAGCCCCUGUCCCAUUAUUUAUUGAACAUGGAGGCUGAAGGAAACUCAACACAGACAAACCCCAAGGAUGAUGAUCAACACUGCAGGGCUGCUUCUCCUCAGAACGCACUGACUACAGAGGCAGCAAUAAACCGUCUAAUGAAAAUCAGGAUCAUCCAUCUGGUGGACGACAAGGAGCUACUACCAACUUCUGUGAUGGACUGCUACUGGGAAAUUCUGAUAAAGAAAGACUGUUCAGAGUUUGAAGACUGGGGCAGUGAAUGAAUUUAACAUUUUGUUGAUAACUGUGUUUGUAUCGACAGUUUAACUUGGUACCGGUACCGGAUUUGAAGUAGUCCAGUACUCAGAGCCUCAUCAUGUGUUUCCUGUUGGAGAGGAAUAUUUUCAGACUGAGGUUCUUGUGGAACUGUGCGAGACGUUUGCAUGGAGCCGCUCAGAGACAACUUCAGAGAGCAAGAAUGAGAAUAAGAUGUGCUCACUACUUACAUAGAUUGAGACACAGGUGCUUCCUGUUUGCUCUGUCUCUGCUGGUGGUCUGUCUGCUCAAGCUGGUCUACAUUAAAGUGACAGUGAGGGACAGCGUCUACAUUGAGCCCUAUGGUAUCACUGUCAGCAUAUCCAGAAUCCACAACCGCAGGUAUGAUGUCAACUGCACUGCAAUAUAUGAGCUGGAUCCUGUGGAGAUCGGCAAAGCUCUGGAGAUAAAACAGAAAGUCAUUAUAGACGUGGAUGAUGAUAGCACUGUGAGUCUGACCUCAGACUGUCAAACAUUUAUCAAAACGAGGGCCUACAAUGAGGUCCCAGUGUCGGACACAGAGAGGAACUUCCCGCUGGCUUACUCUUUGGUGGUGCAUAAGAACGCACCCAUGGUGGAGCGUAUUCUUCAUGCCAUCUACUCACCUCAUAACAUCUACUGCAUUCACUAUGAUCAGAAGGCCUCUCCACUGUUUAUAAAGGCUGUGAAAAACCUGGCUCACUGUACUCCAAAUGUGUUUAUUGCCUCAAAACUGGAGUCUGUGGAAUACGCCCACAUCAGCAGGCUUAAUGCCGACCUCAACUGCCUCUCUGACCUGCUUAGGUCGGAGGUCAAGUGGAAGUACGUCAUCAACCUGUGCGGCCAGGACUUUCCUCUCAAGUCAAACUAUGAACUGGUGAUGGAGCUGAAGCAGCUGAAUGGCAGUAACAUGCUGGAGUCCAGUCGACCCAGUGAACUGAAGAAGCAGCGUUUCCGCUUCCAGCACGAGCUGAAGAACGUGCCUUAUGAGUACCGCCGUAUUCCCGUCAAAACCACGGUGGCCAAAGAUGUUCCUCCUCACGGUAUCGAGAUGUUCAUUGGAAGUGCAUAUUUUGUCCUGUCAAGGGAUUUUGUGAAUUACAUCAGCAACAGCCAGAUGGCGAAGGACUUCCUGAUAUGGUCUGCUGACACAUACUCACCAGAUGAACACUUCUGGGCCACGCUUGUCAGGGUCGCUGGGGUUCCAGGACACAUCCCCAGGUCCGAGGCGGAUGUUACAGAUCUGAAGAGCAAGACACGACUGGUGAAGUGGAACUACUUGGAAGGAAACCUUUACCCAGCAUGCACAGGUACACACAUGCGGAGUGUUUGCAUCUAUGGAGCUGCUGAACUUCGCUGGCUCCUUAACUAUGGCCACUGGUUUGCUAACAAGUUCGAUCCCAAAGUGGACCCGAUCCUGAUCAAGUGCUUGGAGGAGAAGCUGAUGGAAAAACGUCAGUAUGUGCAAACAUGAUAGUGAAGAGGAGAGAGUGGUUUCAGUAUUUAUUAUGCGAUUAGAUAGAAGAAAUGACAGAAAUUAAAAGUAACAAAGUUCGACUCAAUCACAAUCAGUUUUGGGAUCAUGUGAGUAUUUUCCUUUUGUUGGUUUCACUGAAAAAUAUUGAACUUGUUCGUGGACACAUUUGUCUGAUGGCUUCUAAUUACUGUGCAGAUUAAGAUUUCUCAAGCAAAAACAUGAAAGAUCAUGGGUCAUAAAAUGUGGAUUUCUAUACUUAAUGCUGUAUAGAGGCAUCAUCUGAACCUCCCAGAAUGCAUCUGUAAUCUGUAACAUUGUGAAAAAGACCAUUCUUCGAACUCACUUGACGUAUUUUACUUUUGUUAACUAUUUCUAAAAAAUUGAUUGCUGGACUUUUACCUGUAAUUCAUUAUGUUUAAGUAGUAGUGAAGGGAUUUCAGUCCUCUCUCCAACUCUGCUGGAUCAUAUCAUCCUGCUGUAGCAGAACGCUGAACUCGCUCAGCAGGGAGUCUUCAUUCAUUCCAGUCAAGGUCAGGCUGUAGCUUCCAGUGACAACACAUUUCAUCAGUAACACAAGCAGGUGAAAAAGUGCCUAUGACUAAAAUACAAUGGGUCAUUUCAGGAAGUGCUUUUCUUAAAAGAAGUGCCACGUGAUAUAUAAUCAUGUAAUUACAGUGAGAGAGCAGUACUCUUACAGUGAGAUUAGAAAUACCAAAGAUCCAUGUUGUUGUCAUGUGUUCUGUAAAGUAAAUGUUCCACCAAUGUUUUUCUUUUUUAUUGAAGAAAACACUUGAUUUGACAACAGUUUAGAAUGAAAUGUUUCAGGGGAAAGCUUUUGAUCUCUGAUGAUUUAUUUAUUUCAAAAUAAAACUAUGAUGCUUCUUAUUGGUUGAAUGUCCUGUAGUGGUGGUCACAGGUGAUACCCUGUCACAAUAAUCCGCUGUAGUCCAUCACAUGUCUGAAC